AUGUUGAGUAAUUAUCGUGUUUAUUUAUUAAAAAUAACAUCAAAUUAUUCAAAAAAAUGUUUUGAUAAAUUAAAAGAUCCUUGUGCAUCAUCGUAUAUUGAUAAUUGUCAAGCUAAAUGUCGACCCAUUAAAGAAAUAAAAUUAUGUCCUCCAGGACCAAUACCACUGUGUCCAAUAACUGACGAGUCAAGAUCAAAAUUACGUUUUUGGCAUAAUCUAACAUUUUUCAUUGCAUUGCCAUCAGUUAUAAUAAUGACUAUCAUUACAAUGUACAAUGUCAAAGAAGAAAAUAAAAAACCAAGACCAGAAUAUAGACCAAUGGAAUACAUGUACAUCAGAACAAAACGUUUUCCAUGGGGUGAUGGAAAUCAUACACUUUUUCAUAAUCCAGAAAGAAAUCCAAUACCUCCAAAUGGCUAUGAAGUACCAGAUCCAAAUGCAUCAAAAAAUUAAAUAAUAUAUAUUUUUUAAAUAAAAUAAUAGCAGCCAUUUUAAAUGAUUAAUCUUUGUUUUGUAAAAAAGUUUGUUGAAAUAGAUUUUUUUAUUAUCAAUGAUCAAAAGAUCCAACUGUUGGUUUGUGGUAAAUAUUAUCAUGUCAUUGAUAGUAUAUGAAAUUUUUUUAAGCAUUUGCGCAGAGUUAUAUUGUCGAUCAAUAUUAUAGAAAUAUAGCUUGGAUGCCUGGAAGCUAGGCUAGAUUUAUCCCAAUAUUUAGUUCUUAACAAUCACAUGUAACAUGAGUACAACAUCCCCUAAAAUUAAUAUUCCCCUAUAUUGAUUAAUACCAUAA